AUGCUCAUCAAAGCUUUGCCUGUGCUUCCUGCCGACGUAUGGGAAAACGUAAUAGAUCAUAUACGAGACAAUAGCAACGCCUUGACGGCCUGCACUCUCGUUUGCCGUACAUGGUAUCCUCGCAGUCGCUUUUACCUGCUUAGAGAGGUCUGGUUCCACAGUCAAGGAGACGUGAGAAUUUGUUCGAGGAUGUUGAAGAAGACGCCACAAUUGUCGAAAAGAGUGGAACAGAUGAUCAUCCAAGGGAGUGCGCACUUGGGAGAGCAGAAGCCAGAGCCAGUUCCUCACCUGUCGACGGCGGCGAUGAUGCUCGCACGCAAAGUGCCCCGGCUGAAGAAGCUCUCCAUCUGGCAAACGUCGACAAUCCACAGGGACACCUUCCUGCACUUGUUCGCUUUCACCUCCAUCUCCCAUCUCAACCUUGCUAGCGUAAUGUUCCCGUCCAUUGCCGUCUUCGGGCUCCUCAUAUGUGCUCUGCGCAGCCUCAUCGGACUGGACUGCUGGGGGCUGACAUUCAUGCAGGGCACUCUUAAUAGUACCGUCUUCGGCGCCCACCGCGAUCCCGUCAAGAUUAGGGAGCUAUCCCUCAAUGGGACAGGCCUAGGAGAAGUGAUUAAAUUCUUCGUCUCCACCGGUAUUGGAUCAAGCUCCAGAUUCUGA